AUGAGUACCACCAACCACCGUUACCUCCUCCGAUUAUCUCUAUCAUGCAGGAAAAUAACCGCUCAGGUCACCAACUCCGCCACCGAUUCCAUCGUCGCCAUGGCUUCAUCCACUGAGCAGGAAUUUAUGCCUUACUACCGAUCCAAACUCACCACCUUCCCUAGACCUCACAGGUUUUACGACGCCAAUAUCGCCACCAGAAUCGGCGAAAAGCUAGGGUUUCGUCUCUCCGACAUCGGUAUCUCGCACGUCGAAAUUGACAUCCCUGAACAACCUCCACUGCCGAUUCACCACCGGAAAAUGAUCGCUCCGUUGUUAGAUUCUGUUAAACGAGUUGGAAUUAGGGUUUCUGGAUCGGAAAACUUGGAAGAGAAGUUAGUUGUUAUUGAUUGUCUUUUGUUAAUGAAUAAUGAUAAUUUACAUUGCUGUGAUUUGUUUUUACUUUGA